AUGGUAGCUUUCUCCGCCAUCUUCCAAACGGUCUUAGGUCUGAGCGCGACCAAAAAUCUUGAAUUGCUAUUUGGCCCAUAUCUGUCACCACAGGCAGAAAUUAUCCCCGGGGCCGAUACCAAUUUCUCUGCUAAGUUACAACAGCGAUGGACGGACUACAAAGCCCCUUCGUAUGGUGCUGGAGCAAUCAAACCGGCGACUGCCUAUGAUGUCCAAAGAAUUGUGCAAAUCGCCAACGAAAACUAUAUCCCAUUUUUUGUGACUGGGGGUGGCCAUGGUAUCUCUGAUUAUCACGAUUUUGACGGUCUCUCCAUCGACUUGGGCAAGUUCAAUACAGUUGAAAGCAAUGCCGAAGGAGAUCGUUUGACCAUUGGCGGAGCUGUAAAGAUACACCAACUCAUAAAGCCUCUGGCUGAACUGGGCAGGGAGCUUCCACUUGGAUCUUGCGCGUGUGUUGGGGUGGUAGGUGCAACCCUGGGCGGAGGUAUUGGCAGUCUUCAUGGCCACCGCGGCCUUCUCGUGGAUUUUCUUGAUGAGGUCGAAGUUGUUACCGCAUCUGGUGAUCUCAUCAAAGCAUCGGAAUCACAAAAUGCAGAUCUCUUCUGGGCGCUGCGUGGAGCAGGUAGUAAUUUUGGAAUCGUGACGUCAGCAACGUACAGACUUCCGAAAGUUUCGAACAAUGGAAAAUACGUGAACGCAGACUAUGUCUAUCCCGUUAGCACCAAUCAAUCCUUUUUUGAAGUGAUGGAGAAGUUCGAUGAGACUCUACCAUCUCGGCUUUCAAUUACCGGCGCUUCAUUCUUUGAUCGCAUAAACAACAAGCCAGUUAUCAUUGUGAACGCUGUUUUCUUCGGCUCACUUGAGGAAGCAGCCCCUUUUUUGCAGCCGUUUGAAUCUUUGCAGCCAGAAAUGAGAAAUGUCUCCAGCAUUCCAGCGGAACAGAUGAUGGAUGCUGCUUUUUUCAACUUCUUUGGAAUGGACAAUGGCGCUUGCACCCCAAAUCAGCACAUCAACAUUUAUACCGUUGCCCUUAGGCAAUUUCAUGCUUCCACAUUCGAAUCCUUCUAUUCCAAACUGGUCGACUUUUGGACUGCCAAUCCAACCUAUCAAGGCCGUUUGCUCAUUCAGCGCUAUUCGAACGAGGGCCCGAUGGCAGUUCCGGAUCAUGCAACUGCCUACGCCUACCGCGAUGUGAAAACCUACAUGAACAUCGAGGGCUUCUAUCCCGAUAGUAGUCUCGAUGAUGCUGUUAAUAAAUUUGCUACCUUGAGUCGACAAGAUUUCGCAAAAACGAGUGGCUUCGACCGGCUGGCGGUUUAUUCCAACUACGCUCGUGGUGAUGAGGGUCCAAUAGCUUGGUAUGGUGAUCGGAAGCUGCCCAAGUUGUCGGCCCUGAAGCGCAAAUGGGACCCUGAACAACGGUUUAGUGUGAAUAACCCCGUUCCACUUCAAUGGGAAACAGAACUGUAA